GACAGACCCCACCGUGUCGAUCGCCGAAUGGGUGCGUGCCCACAAGUCAACUUGCCACCGCCAUGCCCAUGAACCAUCACGAGGUGAAGCUGGACGAUGGCCGAGUGAUGCAAGGCGUCAAGUUCACCCCUCCAAAGCACUGGGUCGUUCAGCGCGCCCUCACCAUUCAAACCGUGAGUGGUCCAGCAAUGCUCGUCGACGACGUCGUCGCCGGCAACCGGUUGCAUGCUAUCAACGGGAUGCCGGUGCACGACAAGCAAUUCUCAAACGUCGUCGAGCACCUUCGAGGCAUCACCGGUCCCUUAUCGCUCACGAUCGAAGUUGUCAAGCCGCGACUGGCAUCGAACACCACCAUUAUCAUCGACACGAGGGAAUGGACAGUAAAGUUGCCAAAUGGAACGAGCCUCACAUUCCCGUGCUUGUUGCUGGAGCUCCUGCGAGAGACGGACAUUGGGUUGGCGGCGGGUGACACACUUGUGGCAGUGAACGGCCAGUCAGGGGCUGGACUCAACCAUCGAAAAAUGCAAAAACUCCUUGAAGGAGCACGGCAUCUCUCCGUCGUUCACCUCGAAUGGGCGAACCAUACUCCGUUAUCUCACGAUCAUCACCGCGAACGACAUGGUAUGACGGCUUGGGCCAUCCUGAGUGAAUUUUACUCAAUGUCCAAGGGCCAAGUGCUGGCCACGAGAAAUGCCAGCUAUUGCCUGCUGUGCGAGGCUUCCUUUGGUCUGUUCAAGCACAAACACAAAUGCACGAUAUGCGGGCACAUGGUGUGCUCUACAUGUCAAGCCAAAUGUGUGGCAGUUGUCAGCACCAUCCAAAACUGCAUCAAGUAUCGAGCGUGCAUCCGCUGUGCGCACCUGGUAUCGUCGUAUGGCUACCAAAUCAACGAGUCAUUGAACCUAACUUUGGCCUAAUAUAAACCCAUUCAUUGCCCUC